ACAGCCACACACCCCAAGGCCUCCAAGAUGAGCUACACGUUGGACUCGCUGGGCAACCCGUCCGCCUACCGGCGGGUAACCGACACCCGCUCCAGCUUCAGCCGUGUCAGCGGCUCCCCGUCCAGCGGCUUCCGCUCGCAGUCUUGGUCCCGGGGCUCGCCCAGCACCGUGUCCUCCUCCUACAAGCGCAGCGCGCUCGCCCCGCGCCUCACCUACAGCUCGGCUAUGCUCAGCUCCGCGGAGAGCAGCCUCGACUUCAGCCAGUCCUCGUCCCUGCUCAACGGCGGUUCCGGGGGCGACUACAAGCUGUCCCGCUCCAACGAGAAGGAGCAACUGCAGGGGCUGAACGACCGCUUCGCCGGCUACAUCGAGAAAGUGCACUACUUGGAGCAGCAGAACAAGGAGAUCGAGGCGGAGAUCCAGGCACUGCGGCAGAAGCAGGCCUCGCACGCCCAGCUGGGCGACGCGUACGACCAGGAGAUCCGCGAGCUGCGCGCCACACUCGAGAUGGUGAACCACGAGAAGGCUCAGGUACAGCUGGAUUCUGACCACCUAGAGGAAGACAUCCACCGGCUCAAAGAGCGCUUCGAGGAGGAGGCACGGCUGCGCGACGACACCGAGGCGGCCAUCCGCGCGCUGCGCAAAGACAUCGAGGAGUCGUCGCUGGUCAAGGUAGAGCUGGACAAGAAGGUGCAGUCUCUGCAGGAUGAGGUGGCCUUCCUGCGGAGCAAUCAUGAAGAGGAGGUGGCAGACCUGCUGGCCCAGAUCCAGGCGUCGCACAUCACCGUGGAGCGCAAAGACUACCUGAAGACAGACAUCUCGACGGCGCUGAAGGAGAUCCGCUCUCAGCUCGAGUGCCACUCUGAUCAGAACAUGCACCAGGCCGAAGAGUGGUUUAAAUGUCGCUACGCCAAGCUCACCGAGGCGGCCGAGCAGAAUAAGGAGGCCAUCCGCUCCGCCAAGGAAGAGAUCGCCGAGUACCGGCGCCAGCUGCAGUCCAAGAGCAUCGAGCUGGAGUCCGUGCGCGGCACCAAGGAGUCCCUGGAGCGGCAGCUCAGCGAUAUAGAGGAGCGCCACAAUCACGACCUCAGCAGCUACCAGGAUACCAUCCAGCAGUUGGAAAAUGAGCUUCGGGGAACAAAGUGGGAAAUGGCUCGUCAUUUGCGGGAAUACCAGGAUCUCCUCAACGUCAAGAUGGCCCUGGAUAUCGAGAUCGCUGCGUACAGAAAACUCCUGGAGGGCGAAGAGACCAGAUUUAGCACCUUUGCGGGCAGCAUCACUGGGCCUCUGUACACGCACCGGCAGCCCUCAGUCACCAUAUCCAGUAAGAUUCAGAAAACCAAAGUGGAGGCUCCCAAGCUAAAGGUGCAGCACAAGUUCGUGGAGGAGAUCAUCGAGGAAACCAAAGUGGAGGAUGAGAAGUCCGAAAUGGAAGACGCCCUGGCGGCCAUCGCCGAGGAACUGGCAGUUUCUGCGAAGGAAGAGGAGAAGGAAGAAGAGGCGGAAGAAAAGGAAGAGGAACAGGAAGCCGAAGAAGAAGCCGCACCUGCCAAAAAGUCUCCAGUGAAGGCUGCAGCCCCUGAAAUCAAAGGAGAGGAAGAGGGGGAGAAGGAGGAAGAGGAAGGCCAGGAGGAGGAAGAGGAGGAGGAGGAGGGUGCCAAGUCCGACCAAGCUGAAGAGGGAGGGUCUGAGAAGGAAGGCUCUAGCGAAAAAGAUGAAGGUGAGCAGGAGGAGGAGGGGGAGACGGAGGCAGAAGCUGAAGGGGAGGAAGCCAAGGCUAAGGAGGAAAAGGCUGAAGAAGUGGGUGCCAAGGAGGAGCUGGGAAAGCCAGAGAAGGCCAAGUCGCCGGCGCCCAAGUCUCCAGUGGAAGAGGCGAAGCCAAAGGCUGAAGGCGAAGUGGGGAAAGAGGAAGACCAGAAAAAGGUGGCCAAGGAGGCCCCCAAGGAGGAGAAGGUAGAGAAGAAGGAGGAGAAGCCAAAAGAUGUGCCAGAGAAGAAGAAAGCCGAGUCCCCAGGGAAGGAGAAGGCUGAGUCCCCAACAAAGGAGAAGGCUGAGUCCCCAGCCAAGGAGAAGGCUGAGUCCCCAGCCAAGGAGAAGGCUGAGUCCCCAGCCAAGGAGAAGGCUGAAUCCCCAGGAAAGGAGAAGGCUGAGUCCCCAGGAAAGGAGAAGGCUGAGUCCCCAGGAAAGGAGAAGGCUGAAUCCCCAGGAAAGGAGAAGGCUGAGUCCCCAGCCAAGGAGAAGGCUGAGUCCCCAGCCAAGGAGAAGGCCCCAGAGGAGGUGGUCAGCAAAACCCCAAAGGUGAGCUUGGAGAAAGAUGCUAAAGAAGAGAAGCCUCAGCAGGAGAAGGAGAAGGUGGAAGAGGAGGGAGGGGGUGAGGGGGAAGGGAGCGACCAGGGUGCAAAGGAAUCCAGGAAGGAAGACAUAGCGGUCAAUGGGGAGGUGGAAGGAAAAGAGGAAGAGCAGGAAACCAAGGAGAAGGGCAGUGGGAGGGAAGAGGAGAAAGGCGUGGUCACUAACGGGCUAGACGUGAGCCCCACAGAUGAGAAGAAGGGGGACGACAGAAGUGAGGAGAAAGUGGUGGUGACCAAGAAGGUAGAAAAGAUCACCAGUGAGGGGGGCGAUGGUGCUACCAAAUACAUCACUAAAUCUGUAACCGUCACUCAAAAGGUCGAAGAGCAUGAAGAGACCUUUGAGGAGAAACUAGUGUCAACUAAAAAGGUAGAAAAAGUCACUUCACACGCCAUAGUAAAGGAAGUCACCCAGAGUGACUAA